AUGGUUACUUCUUCCAAGCCCCCUACAAUCAGCGAGGCGAUCGACUUGGCUGUCGCCCUCACCGAGGAGGCUCUUCGUUUAAACAAGUUUUCAAAGCCAGGCUCUAACAAAAAAGAGACUCAUGUGGAGUCUUCAAGCGACAACAAGAGAAAGUUUUCAAACUUAAAGAAAGGCACUCAAGCAAACAACGACAACUGGAAUGCGAACAAACGAAGGGAAGUGAACCCAACUUGUGGUACUAAAGCUUAUGGAGCCACUAAUGAGGCUAGUGGUAAAGGGUAUUUGGGUUCCAAGCAUAAGUGUGAUAAGUGCAAGCUUCACAACAAUGGUCGAUGUCCGAGAGCUAAGUGUGACAAAUGUGGAAAUGAGGGGCACAACAAAGAAACAUGUUGGGUAGGAACUGGAGGAAGAAAUGCAAACCGAGGAGGAAACAACAACAACAAUCAGGGCGGAAAUAAUAGCAACAACAACCAAGGUAGAAAUGGUAAUGGACGAGGCCAAGGUUGUUUUGGCUGCGGAGACUUAGGGCACUUUUUGAAGGAUUGUCCUAAAGAAAAUCAAGCCCGUGGAAGAGUCUUCACGAUUGGAGCACGUGAAGCGCGUCAGGACCCGAAUGUAGUUACGGGUAUGUUCCCUAUAAAUCAACACGUUGCAUCCAUUCUGUUUGACACUGGCGCCGACUUUAGUUUUAUAUCUGUAGAAUUUAAGAACAUACUUAGUCUAGAUUCGAGUAAAUUAGACGUCCCGUAUUCUAUAGAAUUGGCGAAUGGAAAAUUAGUCGAAGCGGAUGAGGUUAUCAAGGGUUGUACACUCGAGCUUGGGGAGCGAAAAUUUUCUAUCGAUCUUUUACCCGUUGAUCUGGGUAGCUUUGAUGCGGUUGUUGGAAUGGAUUGGUUAUCCGACAACCGGGCAGAAGUGGUCUGUCACGAGAAGACCAUCCGCAUCCCACUACCGAAUGAAGAAACACUUAUAAUUCAUGGGGAGAAACGCGAGGAACCUCUACGGAUCAUAAAUUGCAUGAAGGCGCAAAAGUGUAUUCGAAAAGGCUGUAUAGCCUUCCUCGCCCACAUAGUCGAUAAGGAAACCAAAGAGCCGAAGCUAGAAGACAUCCCUAUCGUGAAAUAA